AACGUAAUGUUCAGUCUGUCAGGAGACAAAAAAAAAAAAAAUUCAGGUAUUUAGGUCAAUUGCUUUUAACCCUUUAGGAAGAGGAGAUGGUCAAAGGGAAAGCACAGCUCAACAGCAGAGAGGAUAUACCUCCACCCCAGACUCGAUCACUCAGGUCAAGAAAGAGGGAACAUCAAAGUGAUGAAGCUCCUGAGACUGAUAAUGUUCCAGCUGCUCUCCAUCAGAAGGAAAAUGAAGAAGAUGUCACAGGGAUCGUUGCUUCACUGCUAGAAUCUCUUCUGCAGGAAUGUGCAGCAGUCACAAACCAACAGAAUCAGGCAGCAGAACAAAUCUGUUUUAAAAAAGUAGAAAAACAUGCAGAAACAUCAAAAGUAAAAACAAAUAUGGCAGCCACAAGGCAAGAAGUGGAGACUUUUACCAGUUCCAACAAUCAUUCUCGGCUGGAGAGCUGUGGAUUACAUACUAGUAAUGAUACACAGAAAAGCAGAAAGAAUAAGGAAGAAACAACAUCCGAGACAUCAAACAUCUCGCCGAACCAAACACCUGCUGAUCAACUCCAAGUCAUCUUGCCAAUCUCUGAAGAUGCUGCUGAGUCCUGUGCAGCUGCUUUGGAGAAUCAAGUAGACGGAGAGGAAAAUUCAAGUUUGGAGAGAAACCAAGAUAUCAGCAAAGACCAAUCCAGCACCAUAUCUUUGAAUGAUGUCAAGGAGCCAGCAGUGGCGUUACCGGCCAAGAAGAAGCGAAGGAUGGGGAUGUGUGGUCUAACAGAGAAGAAAUGGAGUCAGUUUUUACAAGCACAAAAGCAUGAAAAUGGCCUGAACAGAGGAGAGAAAGUUGAGAACCUGAUCCAUAAUGAAACUGCUGACUUUAUGAUUUUGGAGGAGGAUUCAUCAUCCACUUUACCACCCUCACCUUUGUGUAUCAAAGCAGGCUGCAUCACAGAUCAGAGCGAGGCAGAGCUAAAACUUCAGUCUGGUCCCUGUGGAGAGAAUGACAGAGUGGAAACUGAAAUCCAUUUCACUGUCACCACCUCAGAUGGGACCGGUACGUCUGAAGUAGACACAGUAUCUGUUACAGAACCAACAGCUAACCCAGAGUCAUGUCAGCUUGUAGAGAAAGACGAGGAGGAGGGGCUUGUUGAGAAUCUGGACAUGCCGGAACUCAAAGAACCUACAGCUGAAAAUUUGGCUGAAAUGUGUAAGACACAAAUUAAAAAGAUGGAAGAAGGACCAACAGAAGCUCACUUAAGUUCUGCCAUAACCUGUCACAGAAGUCAGAAAGAAGAACCUAACAACCAGAAUGCAGUCAAGGCUGCUCUUCCACAGAUGAUCGGCACAACCGUGACAGAUGACAGGAAGGAAGAGGUGACUGGUGCAGCCAAUUGUAAUGCCGCUGACACCAAGUCCCGAGGACCAAACUGCGACUCUGUGGAGCUCUGCGAGGCUGCAGUGACACCUGGCGUCCCAGAGAAGGAAAAUAAUUGUGAUCUUGAUGAGCCUGCUGUUGGUACUACUACUGUGAAUGCUGAACACACUCAGACCAGAAACCCAGAUGACACCUUUGGAUCUGGAUGCAUAGACUACGUGUCUGACUCACAGCUGAACACCAUUAUUCUCAAUGAGGAGGUGGUGAAGGAGAAAGAGGAAGAUCAUUUUUCUUCAGACUGCACCGAAGAUGCCACAGGCCUGAUCUGUGGGCUAAUCGGAGAACUGUCCUCUCUAAAUCGAAAGGUCAUGGCUGCUCAUCGAGAGCUUGAGAAUGUACGGCGAAGCAGUAAAACCUCCAGGAGCUCUGCACGUUAACUUCUUUCAAGUGCUUGCUGCCCUCAUCUUACAGUUUCCCUAUGAGUUCAUGGGUAAAAAAAAGUCACAAUGACAGUUCCAUAUUUCACUAUCAAAAGGCUUUCACUCUUUAGUUUAAAUUUCCAGUUGCAACAUUUAGUUUAAUGACAUUGUUCUGCUUCUUCGCAAAUAAAGUGUUGAAGCCA